AUGUGCUUACUCAACUAUAAACUUCAUACUGCUUGACUAGACGUAUCUUGCCUUCCUUCUUGUUUAUCUACAAGCAUAUGAUUAAUGCUUAGCCUUCUUCACUCUUCUUUUGAUUACUGUCUAAUAUCUAAUUAAAGCGGGGCUGAGGAGUAGCAGCCUCUUGCAGCUGACUUGUUUGUGCCUCAUUCUUCUCCCGUGCGCCGUCAGGAAGUGGCAGGUUCCCACUCCCUCUGCCACACACACUGACUCCCUGCCCUCUGCCCCGGGUGCCAGGAUCCCUCUGGGAUCACUCUCCGUGACGAACUUCUUCUCUUGGAAUUGACCAGCUUGUUAACAGGAACAAGAGCUCUUCUGUACGAGCCCCAUGGCAUCCUUCCCUGUCCUGCAGAAAGAGAGAAUGUUCCAGUCCGGAACUCAUGCCUACAGAAUUCCCGCUCUGCUCUACCUGCCUCAGCACAAGGCACUACUGGCCUUUGUGGAAAAGCGGAUGAGCAAGAAGGAUGAGCACGCGGAGCUGAUUGUCCUGCGAAGAGGAAGCUAUGAUGCAUCCACCCACCAUGUCCAGUGGCAUGCUCAGGAAGUGGUGGCUCAAGCCCAGCUGGAGGGCCACCGGUCCAUGAACCCAAGUCCCUUGUAUGAUGAGAAGACAGGAACCCUCUUCCUCUUCUUCAUUGCUGUCCCCGGGCAGGUGUCCGAGCACCAUCAGCUUCACACCAGGGUCAACAUGACUCGGCUGUGCCAGGUCACCAGCAUGGACCAUGGGCAGUCCUGGAGCCCUGCCAGAGACCUCACUGACACUGCCAUCGGUGCAGCCCACAAGGAAUGGGCCACUUUUGCAGUGGGUCCAGGCCACUGUCUGCAGUUGCAGAAUGACACCCGGAGUCUGGUGGUGCCUGCCUAUGCUUACCGGAUCCUUCAGUCCCUCCAGAAGCCUUCCCCGUUUGCCUUCUGCUUCAUCAGCCAUGACCAGGGGCACACAUGGAUGAGAGGGAACUUUGUGGCCCAGGACACCCUAGAGUGCCAAGUGGCUGAAGUUGGGGGCGCAAAGCAGAGGAUGGUGUAUCUGAAUGCCAGAAGCCCGCUUGGAGCCAGGGUCCAGGCCGAGAGUACCAAUGAGGGGCUCGACUUCAAGGAGGCCCAACCUGUGAAGAAGCUUGUGGAGCCUCCCCAUGGCUGCCAUGGGAGCAUCGUCAGUUUUCCCAACCCUCAUGCAGGCUCAGGAGCCUCAGACAAAUGGCUGCUCUACACUCACCCGACCAACCCACAGCAGAGAGCUGAUCUGGGUGUGUACCUCCACAAGGGACUCCCAGGUCCUGACACCUGGUCGGAGCCCGCUCUCCUGGCAAAGGGCAGCUGUGCUUACUCAGACCUCCAGAGCAUGGGUAGUGGCCCCGAUGGGUCACCCCAGUUUGGGUGUCUGUAUGAAUCAUCUAAUUAUGAAGAGGUCAUCUUCCUCAUGUUCACCCUGAAACAAGCCUUCCCGGGAGAAUUUUUGUCUCAGUGAGCCAUUUGGGGUGCAGACCAGGAAGUGCUCCAGACGGAGAGGCCCAUGGUGGACCCUCUGGGCUCUGGAGACUAGCUCUUUGUUCUCUUCAUAGAGAGCGUACAGAUGCUGCCUGCUGGCCCUUUCCCUCCCUUGAUGUUUCAGUCCUUCAAAGGGAUUCAGUUCUCACCCCAGAAGUUGAAGGAACCUGGCUUUCCACAGCCCCUUGAUGGGGAAGGUGAGGACAGCAGUCACCCUGCAGGGCUCCGACUGCCUGCUGCCAGCCCCAGCUCUGUGCAGGUCUUGAUAAAUGAUGGAGCCCAGCCCAUUUCUAGAUGCUCAUCAGGUUCCUGGGGAAAGGCUGAGACAAAGAUGUAAGUUAGCAGAGGGGUGUGUGUGUGUGUGUGUGUGUGUGUGUGCAUACGCAUGCACACAUGCACAUGUUUUCUCAGGGAUGCAUCAGAGGAGAUAGCAUGGGGCACAGCUUUGCAGAGAGGUAAGGCAGGUUCAGGAAAACUCAGAUAAUCUAAGUCAUUGCAUUAGUUUCCCAGAGCUGCCAUAACAAAUCAAUACCAACUUGGUAGCUUAAAACAACAGAAAUUUAUUCUCCAACAAUUCUGGAGGCUGGAAGUCCAAAAAUCAAGGUGUCAGCAGGGCUGUACUUCCUCCAAAGGUCCUAGGGGAGACCCCUUGCUUGCCUAUCCAGUGUCUGGUGACCCCAGGAAUUCCUCAGCUCAUGGUUACCUACUU